CAGACCGCCAACACCGGUUUCCUCUCCUCUGCAGCGGCCAGCUCACCCUCCUCAGACCGACAUGGCCCAGGAACGCCCCUCCUGUGCCGUUGAGCCCGAGCACGUCCAGCGGCUGCUGCUGUCCUCUCGUGAAGCCAAGAAGUCAGCCUACUGCCCCUACAGCCGCUUCCCUGUUGGGGCUGCCCUGCUCACCGGGGACGGGAGAAUCUUCUCUGGGUGCAACAUUGAAAACGCCUGCUACCCACUGGGGGUGUGUGCCGAGCGGACUGCCAUCCAGAAAGCCAUCUCCGAAGGGUACAAGGAUUUCAGGGCCAUUGCCAUCUCCAGUGACUUGCAAGAAGAGUUCAUCUCCCCCUGUGGAGCCUGCCGACAAGUCAUGAGAGAGUUUGGCACCGACUGGGCUGUGUACAUGACCAAGCCGGAUGGCACAUUCGUAGUCAGGACGGUGCAGGAGCUGCUGCCAGCCUCCUUUGGACCUGAAGACCUGCAGAAGAUUCACUGAAGGCUGGAGAGUAGAAUGUCUGCUGAACGUGUGAGCCCUACCUAAGCAACAGCUCUUGGAAGACUCCAUAAUGGUGCUGUCUCUGGCUGGGCCUUGGGGACACUUAUCCCAAAUGGCGGGUCAAGGGUGACCUUGGUUUACACACUACAGCCUCCCCUCCAGUGAUAGAAGCUGCCACUCAUCUGGGCCAAAGCCUACAUCCUCCUGGGGACUCAGCAUUCCUCUCCUUCCUCUCCCGAAGGCCCUGGUGUUUCAGGCCAUUAUAAACACCACAGGAUGUCCUGAUUC